GAGUUGGCACGGAAGAGUGAACAACUGCUGGAACGUUCGCGAGAGCGUCGAGCAGGAUACAAACUCAUUGACUCGGAGAUCGUCAAAGAGGGACCCGAACCUGUCCCUCAGGCAUUCAAAGAUCAAGUUCGCGAUAUGCUCGAGUCGCGAAACUCGCUCGAAACGUCGACGACACGGGAGCAUGAUCGUUCCGGAUAUGUCACGGACGUUUCAACAGCAACUUGGCAAUUCUCAACGCAGUCGUUCUCACCGCGAUCCGUUGUGUCCGUAAAUGGCGCCCGAGACGAUAUCCUCAAGGAUGAUAAACCGAGGAGCAUUAUGAAGCGACGAGAACUCGAAACCAGAGAUCAGAUGCUGCAUCCUUCAGCUGAUAACCAGAUUAUCGAACAAAGGCAGUAUCAUCCUAUCACGGAGACAGUACAGCGUUUCGAGGAGACGCGCCGUACAGAAGAGGUGGAACGACGUCGGUACGAGGAUGAACAAUUUGGUCGGGGUAUUGCACACGCUCGCUACGGAUCACUAAGCGAUUCGCUUCGCCGCGGUGAGCUCAAGUAUAUACCCAAUGGCGAGGUACGCGAAUCGCACUGGGUACAGAACGGAGGAGGACGCAACAUGCACAAAAGCUAUUCGACGCGUGAUGUAUUUGGUGGAGGCGAUCACUCCCUUUCGUCAUAUCGACGCAGUAGCCAACAGAUGUCACCAUUCAUUGAGUUCCCACCUUCUUUACCGAGACGUUCGGAUCGUGAUUAUCGGCCUGUGAGCAAAAGCCGCAGCUACGCGGACUGGGACGACAUGGGACGAGCUGGUUUUGGCAGAGAAGUCAGACGCUACGGUCACGACGAUGACAUGUCCCGCCUUGAGGCCGAGUUUCGCGAUUCACUGCUGAUGCCACUUCCAAAUGGAAACAUGCAUGAAAUGGAUCACCGAACGGAAGCGAUUCCUGGCGGAUAUGAGACAUUCCACAGGGACAAUCGUGUCAAUGCUGGUAGACGAGUAGGCAAAGACGGGCUUCCUGUAGAUUAUAAGUAA